CGCUCACACUUCCAGUUACAAAUUAGUCUAAAGUCAUUUAAAAAUACAAAUUAUACACCCUGGCCUUAGUCUGCUUUAUCAAAACAUUGUCGCGUGUGGGGUUGAUUCAUAUAAUAAUCUAGAUAAGGGGCGGGUGUGUCAACGUCUGUAGUGGCCCCUUUUGGCCCGGAGUUAACUGCCAAACAACUGCCAACAACUUUUAAUGAGUCAUUUGACUUGCCCCAUAUCGGCAUUUGACUUUGAUAAACCUACAAAACAAAAACACAGCUCGAAAAACAUUUCUUCGAAAUGCCGCCCUUUUGCUGCGGUGGACGGCGCUGCGCCAAGGACUUGGAGCAGGAGAAGCGGAACGAAGGACAAGGUCGCGAAUCGUUUAGAGAGCUCGUUUACACCACCACCGCUGAGUAUGAGCGUCCGUUAUCCCUGAAGUUCUAUGCCCGCCACGACUGGCCAUAUUUCAAUUGCACGGACACCGAGAUCCGGCACAUACGGGAGAAGCUUGACCCAGACUCGCUGAAGAACGCCGCCAGAAUGGCCAACACCGAUGAAGAAGCUGAGGAAAAGUACGAGCUGAAGCAUAGCACGCCUCAACCGAUGACCGUUAACCAGAUCUAUGGCUGGUACUCGGAUCGAGCUCACCGUUACCUCAAACAAGACAGAGGCACAUUUGUCUUUCCCCACGAAAACGAUCCGAUGAUUGCGCAGAUUCUACGAAACAAAAUACACACUCACUAGAGCUUAACCAUUUUGAUGAGUUUAAAAUUAAAGUCGGCAUAGUUAAAAUGUA